AUGAUUGCCCUUCGCACAGCAACCCGAACAGCAUUGCCGUCGAUGCGACGCUUCGCGACUACGCAAGCCGGCGCCGCCGCCGAGGAAGCCGCGUCGACCGUCCGCUCUGCCGCGAAAGAGAACCUGGGCGAAGCAAAGGGAGCGCUCAAGCAGGCCGAGGGGUCCGUCAAGGGCGCCGCGCAGCAAGCCAAGGCGUCCAUCCCAAGCCCACCCUCGCCGCCGCCCAAGCCCAUCGUCGUCGGAAGCCCCACCAUCCGUCGCCCCGUCGGUUCCGUGCGCGGCGGCGUCCUCGGCUUCCUGUUCGGCUUCGGCAUCGCCAGCGCUUACGGCUACUACUAUCUGCUCAAGGAGUACAACGCCGCUUCCAACCUCAUGCUCGCCAGCGUAGAGGAGCUGCAGGGCUCCACCGAAAAGAUCACGGGCCACUUGCAGAGACUCAACAAGCUCGAGGCGGACCUGAAAUCGCUCACGUCCAACUCGGCCAGCAAGGCGGAAUACGAAAAGCAGCGCGUCGAGAUGAAGCGCAUCGUCGACGGCAUUCACGACGAAGUGCUCGAUGUCAAGAAGCAGGUGCUCGACCUGCCUAGGCCUACCAAGUACAUGCAGUGA